AUGACGUACGUACCAAUGUUACUACCUAGGAAGAAUGUCACUCUUGCACAUGAUCUUGAUGGCACCCUUAUCCAUUCAUCAAGGUAUGACCACGGCACGGACUUUUCAUUCCGUAUGCGAUGUGGAGAAGAAGAGUACACUGUCUACGUGAAGAAGAGACCACAUGUGGACGCCUUCCUUGAAGAGGCAGCUCAUAUGUUUGAGCUUGUUGUCUUUACGGCUAGCAUAAGUUCUUACGCAAACCAACUGAUUAAUGCACUGGAUCCUGAGAACAGACUGAUAUGAUGGUGUUUUUUUCCAUGAGUCAUGCGUCUGGUAGAUGGAAGCUAUCAGAAGGAUCUGACCAUUAUUAAAGCUGAUCUUGCAAAGCUUGCGAUAGUUGACUAUACCCCAGAGGUUUUCCAGCAACAGGUGAAUAAUGGGAUACCCAUAAAGAGCUGGUCAAGUGACCCAUCUGAUAUUUCUCUGCUUGAGCUGAUCCCCUUCUUGGAAACAAUUGCUGACGCAGAUGAUGUCGGGCCGAUCGUUGCAAACAAAUUUGCCAGUUAA